AUUUCAGCAAUAUUUAAAAGAUCAUAUUCUGCCGUGGAUUGUAAGCUUCAAAUAAAUAAACAAAUACCAUAUGCAAAGAGGCAGAUCAGCUUAAUAAUCCCAAAUAGCCAUUAGAGAGUCAGAAAGAUCAUAGCAUGGAUUCGGAUCUGAAGCAAGCAGCAUGCUUAGGCGAAAUAGAGUUCCUCCACAGAGCUUUUGCUACAAAAUCCACGGAUUACUUCUUAUCAUACUACUCUUCCCCAGAUGGGGAUCAUGAAAUUAUGGGUAAUAUUUUUCACCUGGCAGCACGAAAAGUCAAAGUGGAAUUCAUGAGAGAAGCCAUGAAAAUACUCCCAGGUGAGCUUGUUCUACGACUGCUGUCUCAGCAGGAUGAAGACGAUUGGAAUCCCCUCCAUGUCGCGGCAUCAAUGAUAGAUUGUCUUGAAUCCGUGAGGCUCAUCCUUGGCUUCUAUAAAUCUGUUUCAGCCCAGUAUCAACAUCAUCCUCUUGGUAAAGCUAAGCCUUGGUUAGCUCUAACUGAGAACAAGCGUACGCCAUUGCACUUAGCCUUGAGCACCACAAAGACAGAGAAUGACGAGGAAUGUGCAUUAGAGAUUUUGUCGAUGGAUAAUCUUGAAUCGUUUUGCAACAUUGUUGAUGAAAGCGGGAAUAGCCCACUUUUCGUUGCCGUCAAAAAUGGGUUUAACAGAGUUGCUGAGAUGAUAUUGAUGUCUUCUUCAUCCUACAGUUUAAGUGGUGAAAACGGUUCAACUCCUCUUCAUUUUGCACCCAACUGUUCAGAAACUGUGUUACGAUUGUUGUUGGAGAAGCAUCCAGAAUUGCUUGACAAUAUGGACGAUGAGAGUGGAUACAAUGUGGUUCACCAAUGGGCGGAAUUAAAACAAAUUUGGCCUUUUAAAUAUGUCAUUGAAGGGGCUUUUCCAGAUGCUAGCUCUAAGAUUUUCACAGAUCUUAUCAACUCCUCAACAGAGAAGAAAACAGAGAGCAAUCCAUUACAUAUAGCAGCAAAAACUGGAAAUCCUGAAAUAGCACGAGCUCUUGUACAAGGUUAUCAAAAAGAAAUACAAGCAAGGGACCAAAAAUGCGAGAUCGUGUCUCCUUGGAAAGCACGAAAUAAGUAUGGAGAGACACCUUUAAUAUCAGCUAUAUUGUCAAAAGAUGUAGAAAUGGCGUUGUAUUUUUUAUCAAUUGAUUCUACUUUGUGUCAAACUUAUAACAAUAGAGGUGAAAGCCCACUUCUAUUUGCUGUUGGUCGUGCUAAACAAUGUGGACGUCUUGUGGAAGAAAUUUUUAAAAUUCAAGAUCCUCCUUUUAGUGAUUUGCGUGGCAAUGAUGGAACCACAGUGCUCCAUUUGCUACGAUGUUGUCCAGAGGAUAUUGGCAAGCGGCUUCUUGAAAAAUAUUGGUGGAUGAUGACUUUGCUCGACGAUAAGGGGAAAACUGCUCUAUCAUAUGCCAAAGAAUUCAGAGUACCAUGGCUAGUAAAGUUGCUCAAAAACCCAUCCUUAAUCCAAAAGGAACCUUUUGAUUGGAUCCCAGCAUGUGAGAAAAAUGAGAAUUGGGCAGUAGCUGCCUUCAUUGAUAGUUGUCAAGAUCUCCAAAAGGUUUGCCGUGAAAAACAGGACACUCCUCUACACCAUAUCAGAUUUCGAACUUAUGAAGAGUGCUUAAAGUUCUUGAAAAAAUCAUCGGUUGCUGAGCUUAAAAAUUCAACAGAUUUCGAGGGUGCAACACCUUUGCAUCGAGCAUUAGAGAGGAAGGAUAAACAUUUGGCUAAGGCAUUGCUCAUUGAUGACGUAGUAGAAAGAAACAUAGCGGACAAUCAUGGUACAACUGCCUUGAAUUUACUUUCAAAGCUCUGCGAAGAAAAUGAUGAAUGGGAAUCUAUGUGCAAAGAAAUCAAGAUCAAUCCACACUUGAAAACAACAUAUAUCCAAUCUCGAACGAAUUUGGAUCAAAUGAGAAACACACUAUCAGUAGUUGCAGCUCUAUUGGCGACCAUCACCUUUGCGGCUGGUUUCACACUUCCUGGUGGCCUUAGCCAAGAAACCGGAAAUGCUAUGCUAGCGAAGAGAGCAUCAUUUAUAGUAUUCUUACUAGCAGACGUGUAUGCUAUGUGCACAUCUAUGUUGGUCAUGUAUUGUUUGAUAUGGUCCAUGGUUUGUGAUCGCGAUAUGUCAUACUUAUUGGUGGAUCGUAGUGUUUUCAUACUGAUGCAAUCACUAUAUGGCACCAUGGUAGCAUUUAUGACAGGAAUCUACACUGUGAUAAACCAUAACACCUUAUGGGUAGCCAUAGUUAUCUUCGUCAUGUGCUCUCUUGUUGGAAUAUCAGCGAAUAGGACUGUUUUGCAUACCAUAAUUUCCAAGUUCAUCCCUGCUUCAAACCAAGGCAACAAAGAUCGAGGAAGUUCACAAGAACAGAGAAGCGCAUCUAGUUGUAGAAUGGACGAGUCUCGAAAUGCAGAGGGAAGUAGUAGUCAUCAAAAUCAAGAUCAUAUAGAUGAUCAUCACCUUGAAAGGCUUGAAGAGGGAAAAGCAUCUGUUGUUGGAAAUGAUAUGGACUCUAAAAAGGCCAAGUGAACAUGUUGUAGUGGUCAACUUUUAAAUUCGGCUAAAGUGAUUAAGAUUAUAGUCAUACCACUUGAAUUAUUUGUCGCUCUCUUUUUUCUCUCCUUCUUUUAAACCGUAAUUUCUUUGUCAAUGAACAAUAUUAAUCUUGCUAUUACAAAAUUUUGUAUCAUAUUCAUUGCUUUAUGAAAACUAUAUCAGAUGAAAAAGACGCUUUGCUGAAAGUUGUGUGAAACAAUAAUAUGAAAGAGAUCCCAAUAUGAAAAAAUAUCUGAUAUUAUCUG